UGAUCCUCGUGGUGGGUGCCCUCGCUGCUGUGGCCUCCGCCGUCCCCCGUCCCGACUCUCCUCCCGUCUACGGCGCUCCUCGCCCGACCUACAAGCAGCCAGGAAUGCCCUUCGAGUUCGCCUACGCCGUCAAGGACCCCUACUCGGGCAACGACUACGCCCACGCCCAGACCAGCGACGGUCACGUCACCUCCGGAUCGUACAGCGUGGCUCUUCCCGACGGCCGAACCGAGAUCGUGGAAUUCUCCGCCGAUCACGACAACGGCUACGUCGCCAACGUCGCCUACGAGGGGGAGGCCUCCUACCCCGCUCACGCCCCCUCCUACCACCCCGCUCCCUCCUACCACGUCCCUGCCCCUUCCUACCACCCCGCUCCCUCCUACCACGCCCCCGCACCCACCUACCCACCUCCCCCACCCCACCCACACUAAUAAAACCCAUCCAUCAUCAACGCACUGGCGGUUCUUUCAAAAGCAUCUUGCUCACGGAAUAUCAAGAACCAAAGCCACAUUAAAACUCCCACGAAAGUCCAAGUGCAAGCUAACGUGAUUCUCGUGGUUCAACAGGACGCGCCUCAUUACCUCCACAUGGAACUCCAUUGCAAUGUUUGUUGCUGCUUUCGCCCACGUGUCCUGUUCAUGUUUUCACUGGCGAGGCAGUCGUGUCAGUGAGCUUUUUAGUCAUUGUUUUUUGCUGUUAUAAAUAAAAACAGGUCAA